AUGGCGAAAUCCUUGCUUGACGAGAGGCCCAUGUCCGGUCCCUUCCAACAAACCAGGUGCCCGUCUUGCAACGGGUCGGGUCGGGUCACCUGCCUCUGCCAACGAUGGUCCGACGGCGACCUGGGCUGCCGGACCUGCGCCGGCUCCGGCCGGAUGGGUUGCAGUAGCUGUGGCGGGUCGGGGACCGGCCGGCCACUUCCGGUUCAGAUCUCAAUGCUUCCGCCCAACGCCCGUUUUGACAAAGACUGGUUCCAGUCUCUUCCUUUUGGGUGUAAUUUUCUAAUCUUACGAACCAAAUUUGUAUGUAUAAGUGAUUGUGGCUGUGGGUAUAUAGUGGAAUGA